GUUUUAAAGCGGUAGCGCGUGUUGCAGCAUUGGGUCUAGGAAUAAUUUUAUGGUACUCUUAAAUAUUAUACCUAGGCCUAACUGGUAUAAACAGUAAGUCGAUAAUCGUCAACUAAUAAUAUGUUCGAUGGAGGAGAAGAUUGGGAUGCCGAAAUAAAUGGUACCGCACAACCUGUUGUCGCACAGACUUUUAAUGCUAGCUCUAACGAUGGUUGGUGGGAUAGGCCUAGGGCUUCCCGAGAGGCGACGGAGUUAAAGAGCUUCGGACGCGGUCGUAGAAGAGAAAAUUGGAGAGACAAUGGUCAAUCAUCGGGUUCUGUGCGAGGUUUCCGGCAAACUUCAGAGAGAACAGGAGGAAGAAACCAAUAUUUUAAUGAUGGCAGGAGAGGUGUUAAUGUCAAUAACUGCCAGGAGGGAAAGGUAACCAACGAUGAUGGAAGUUGGCAACGUCGAGGUGGAAAUAAUACUAAUAGAGAUACGAGACGAGACCGAGGUGGAUGGAAUGAUGGAAGCGGAAAGGCCAUUGACGUUGACAGCAGUAUGAUUGGGAAAAUAAUCGGAAAGCAAGGCUCAAAAAUUCGGCAAUUGCAGGAUGAUAGUGGUGCACGAAUCCAUGUAUCUCGGGAUAAUGACAAUUACUCAACACGUGUACAGAUUAGUGGGUCAGAAGAAGCAAUAAAGAAAGCAGAGAAAAUGAUUGAUGAGAUUGUUAAUCCAAAGAGUAUCUUUGAACAAACAGAGAAUGAAGAAGAGGAAGAACCUGUGAGAAGGCCUCAAAUAAAUUGGCAGCAGGUGAUACGAGAUUCAGAUAUUGCUUCAGCUGAGAGGUGGAAAAAUCAUGCUCCAAUAGUAAAGGAUGUGUACAAUGAGAACCAACAAGUGGCAAUGAUGACUCAAGAUGAAGUUGACCAAUUCAGACUGGCAAACAAUAACAUUAUUGUAGAAGACCUAUCUGAGGAGGCGAGUAGAUCAAUUCCAAAUCCAAUUAGAAGCUUUGAAGAAGCGUUUGAAGAUUAUGAUGAGAUAAUGCGUGAGCUGCAAAAGCAGAAGUUUACCAAGCCAUCUCCGAUACAGUGCCAGGGUUGGCCUAUAGCCCUGAAAGGUCAUGACCUCAUUGGGAUUGCUCAGACUGGGAGUGGCAAAACAAUUGCAUUCCUUUUGCCGGCACUGAUCCAUAUUGAAGUUCAACCAACGCCGCGCGUUGAUCGUACUGGUCCGUCGGUCUUAGUGUUGUCUCCAACACGUGAACUUGCGAUACAGAUACACACAGAGGUGAUCAAGUAUCACUACAAAGGUAUUAAGAGUGUAUGUAUUUACGGCGGGGGAAACCGUCGUGAACAAAUCAAUACAGUGACACAAGGCGUGGAAAUAGUGAUCGCCACUCCUGGUCGAUUAAAUGACCUGAUUUCCAGUGGUUUCAUUGAUGUAUCUUCGGUCACAUUUUUGGUGUUGGAUGAAGCAGACAGAAUGCUCGAUCUAGGAUUUGAACCCCAGAUCAUGAAGAUCCUUUUAGAUGUCCGUCCAGAUCGACAGACAAUAAUGACUAGUGCCACAUGGCCCGAUGGAGUGCGCCGCCUGGCUAAAAAUUACAUGAAAAAUCCAAUGCAAGUCUAUGUUGGUACACUUGACUUGGCUGCAUGCCAUAGUGUAACACAGCUUAUAGAAGUACUUGAAGAAGAGGAAAAGCGUAGCAGGCUUUUGGACUUCUUCGAGAGUAUGCAGCAAGAUGAAAAAGUUCUUGUUUUUGUUGGUAGGAAAGUAACUGCAGACCACUUAUCGAGUGAUCUCAGCUUACAAGGUAUCGAAGUGCAAUGUAUCCACGGAGGUCGUGAGCAGGAGGAUCGGGAGCAGGCAUUGGACGAUUUCAAAACUGGUUACGUAAAGAUCCUGAUAGCAACUGAUGUUGCCUCACGAGGCAUUGACAUCAAGGAUAUCACAUAUGUGCUCAACUAUGAUUGUCCAAGCCACAUUGAAGAGUAUGUUCACAGAGUAGGAAGAACAGGACGAGCAGGGCGGACUGGAACAGCUUUAACUUUGAUGACAAGACGCGAUUGGAGAUGGGCAGGUGACAUUAUCAAAAUUAUGGAAGAGGCUCACCAGGAAGUUCCUGAUGAGCUUGUAGAUAUGGCAGAAAGGUGGAAGAAACACCAAAAGAAGUUAGAAGCUGAGAAUGAAAUGGCAAAUGGAUUUCGUAGUGGGGGAAGGGGAGGUGGACGCGGGGGUGGACGUGGAAGGGGUAGAGGAGGGGGCCGAAGCUCCUUUGGCGGGCACUUUCAGAAGGGAGGAUGGUAAGAAAAACCUGAAAAUAUGUUGACAGUAUUUCCUGAUUCUGAAGUGAAUGUUAAGGGAACCGUUUCUUUGGUACUAAUUAGUUACAACAUUCAUAGUUUUAACCAAAUUUGUUUUUAUUAGAAAACAACAAUUUUAUUCUGACAUGAGCCCUCUAUAUACUCCACCAAACCAAGUAUAUUCUGUAAAACUUGUCAAAUGGUUCUUGUUCUGAUUACAUUUUAUAAAUUCUACAAAUAUGAAUCACUGAUGAAAAUUGUUCAAAUAAUUUGAUUUCUAGGAAUAUGAUACUUAUAAUAUACGCCUGAACUGUGAUCCAGAUGUGAUGUAAGGAUUGCAAGGUGUUAUAUAUUCCAGACAGCAAGAAGCAUUUUUUGUUUUUAUUUUGUCUUCCAAAAUGUCCACAAACUCAUGCACGAUGGGUGCCACUAUGCCUUAAUUGGGAGUAUUGCUGCAUGUGUGCACUCGUUUUUGGUCAUAUGAUUACAAAAGCUGUUUAGGGGAUCAAUACACUACAUAUUCUACUUUUCAGGAUUGAAUGUUAAAUAACGUAUUGUUCUUAAGGUCUGUUCACACUAUGAGAGUUUGAUAUGACAUGUGUGAUUUGCUUAUAUAUCGGCAUGAUGAUGUCAUAUCACACCCAAAUAUCAGCAAAUCAUGCUGUGUUUUCAUUUAAAACAUGAUACUGUUGUAUAUUUGUAUGUUGAGAGAUUAUUUUAUUGUAAGAUUAAAGUUUAUGAAAGUAUGGACUUAGCUUGAAUGGCUAAUAUGAUGUAAUUUAGAAAGAUUUACUUUAGGACUAGGUCUAAAGUGUAUAGGCAAAACCUAUUAAUGUAAACUGCAUUAGUCCACUUCAAUGGUUUAGCCAGUUGUUUAUUAUGAGUUGGAAGAGCUAUCAAUACUCAGAUAUUAUGCUCAAUUAUUAUAUUUUUUUUAAUAAAUAUAUUUACAUCGUACAACUAAGUACGAUAAAUUAAAGUCAGUAAUAGUAUGUUCAUAGUUUGUAGUUAGUUUUCCUAUUUAAAGUUCUUGAAUUAAAAAAAAUGGAAGUGAAAAGCAUGCGACUUAAAUUCUGUACAGAAUAUAUUGCGCCCUCUAUUUGUCAUACUGUCUUGGUUGUGAGCAAAAUACUGUACCUCAAAGAAUUCAAUAUUUGAAUAUUUGAAUUGCUUAUUCUGUAUAUCUAAUAAAGUUAUUAGCUUUUAAUUGGAAAUUUAGAACAAUAUACAAUUUCUAAAUUAUUGUAUCGUUUAAACUGACAGGCAGACAGUUUCAAAGUGUAUUAAACUUAACGUGUUAUUUAAUUAUCAGGCACCUCAAUGUUUUAACGGUAGAGGAACAAGACAAUAGUGAACAACCAUAGCUUGCGGUUGCUUAGAGUCUUACGUUUGUGGCGUGCUAGUAAAAAGUUGGUAAAUCUCGUCUGCGAAAAACUAAAUACCAUAUAUUUAAUUGGAAGUCGAUAAUUUAAUUCGAAGUUUUAAAUUGAAUGUUAUGAGAGGUUUUCCGAUUAUAACAGAUUAAAUCUUUGGCUACGUUUACCCAAUGAA